UGUAGUUAGUGCUGUUAGUGUGGAGAAAAGCGCAAUAAGGGGUGUUUCAGUCGGUUUUUUAUUCCAUUGCCUGCCGUUUUCAAGGACACCAUGAAAGUGAUUCUGGUUUUGUGCGGGGUUGCCCUGUGCGCCACGGUUUCGCUCGCUGCACUGCAGAAGGAGUCCUCGGUCGAAGAUCCUGAGGUUGAAUUGCCCGCUUACAUGGCAAUUUGUCACCGGAAUAGCCCUGACCUUGGCAGCUGUAUUAAGAACACCAUCCAGCGCAUGCUCCCGGAAAUGCACACUGGCAUCGAGUCGCUCGAUUUUCCGACCAUGGACCCGUACGUAGCGAAGAGUACCUAUAUCGACUACAAGCGCAACCAGAUGUCCGCCUCGUUGCACGUCAAGAACGCCAAGACCUUCGGCAUUAGCAAGGCGCAGAUCCUGGACGUGCGAGCAACUGCCACCGACAAGUCCUUGAACCUAGCCGUGGAUGUACGUUUCCCCGAGAUCGUCAUGGAGGGCUACUUCAAGGGUGAGGGUCGUUUCAACAGCAUCAAGCUUGCGUCGAAGGGUUACUUCAACAAUACCAUGACCGAUGUAACCACCACCUGGAUGAUGUCGGGUAACGUGAAGGAGCGAAACGGAGAGGAGUACCUGGAGAUUGAGGACUUUGACAUGAGCCCGGAGGUGGCCAACAUGAAGAUCUACGCCACGGGUCUAUUCCCCGAUCCGGAGCUGAACCAAAUUGCGCUGGAGUUUGUGAACCAAUACUGGCCGAUGAUGUACAAGGAGCUGUUGCCAAGCUCGCGACAGGUGUGGGAGCCGGUCAUGGUUGAGCUUGUGAACAAGAUCUUCCUGCGCGUUCCUUAUCGGCGGCUGCUGCCAAAGCAGGAAUAAAUCUGCACGCCCACUGUCGGGAGAGAGGGUCUUUUUAAGUGAUGCCUUAUAGUGUAAUACGAUAGUUUUUGUUUUUGGAAUCUACUAUUUUCGCCGUUUUUUGUGGAUAUUGAG